ACAAUAAGCACUUUGCUACAAGGAAAAAAAUGUUCACUGACAGAAGCCAAAGAUGUUAUCGACAUCUCAUCAGAAAUUGAGUUUCUGUCCCUCUAUCCUAUCAUCAACAAAGACUCGAAAUUGCUGAAGAGUCAAAAUUCUCCCAAGAUUGAUCCCAAGCUUUCAUAUCUGAGUUUCACUCCAGGUCAGUGCAUUAGUACCAUCUCUCUGGGUGACUUGGAAGUAAGCCAGUGGAAGAUGUGUCGUGAGUUUGGCCGAAGAGGAAGUUGUCAAGGAGAGUUUGAAUUUGCUCGGGGCAUUGCUGCUCCUCAACCUGGUGAAAUUGCAGUGGCAGAUGUUUAUAACCAGCGAGUGAUGAUCCGCAGCAAUGAGGGAAAAUACAAGAAACUCAUCCCCCUCUAUUCAUAUCCGCAAGACGUUGCAGCUAUCUGCAAUCAUGACAAUCAGUUGGUGGUUGUAGAUGACACCAAGUAUGUCAAGGUGUUCGAUAAGAAGAACAAGCUGGCCUUCCAGUUCCCCACAGUGCCACAGAGUGAAGUUGACAGGACAGAAGUGAACCUCUGCAGUGUAGCAGUCAGGAAGGAUGGCACCAUCCUAGUGGGUGAUGUCAAGAGGAUGGUGUGGACGGAGCAUAGACCCAAUGAUGGUCAGCUCCUACACACCGUACCAGUGCCAACUCCACCGUGGUUCCUGGCUGUUGAUGACUACACUGACAGAGUUAUAGUCAAUGGAGUUAACGAACAGAGAGUGUACGUUGUUUCAGCCAAUGAUACAGCACAGUCUAUCAUCGAACCGACCAUCGAUGGGCAGUCCGUACAGGUCUGCUCUGGUGUCUGCUCCGACAAGUCAGGCAUAUAUAUUGCUGUGUCCAAUAGGCUUGGCUAUGGUCACAUUCACCACUAUGACCUAGACGGCAUUUUUCUUGCUUGCUUGGCUCAAGGUCUGCAAUUCCCAUAUGGAAUCACAUUCACAUCAGAUGGGCAGCUAGCUGUGGCAGACAGAUUCUCCAUCAAGAUGUACCACAAGAUGAGGCGUCAUCAAAAUGACACUGAGUAGCAAUCUCUUUCAUCAUCAUCACUACAACACAAAGCAGCCUUCGUCUCCAAUAUUUUUGAAAUUCCACUUGAAAACAUCCAAGCAACUUGUGAAAGACCUUCUUGCCUUUUCAAAGCUCUAAGCUCCCACAUCAGUUUAUUCAUGAUAUUUGCUACAACUGAACUUUAAUUUUUGUACACCUUCAAGUCGGUAAAGCAGUCCUAGGGAAUGAUCUAAUGGCAAAUCCAUGACAGGCUCUAUCAAUACCAUUUGUUAUCAGAGAAAAAACUGGCCCUGCUGAAAGAGUUUUUCAUUCAUAUAAUUUUGAUACAUGUACAAAGUAAUCGUACUUGUACAAUGCAUCUGCUGUAAUUUAGGGAUCUAUUACCAAAUUCCUUCAUUUCAACCAGAUUUCUUGAAGCAGCAUUCCUACCAAUGUAACCAAUCUCAAAUGUUUAUAUACCUUUGUAUGCUUUUUGGCUUGAUUUACAUGUACAUAUACCUCUUUAAAGGUCUCAUAGCUAAGGAAACAGGGUAUAUAAUUUGAGAAAAAGUUGACUGCUUCAUUCAAGAGUCAUGACUGGUCUUUUACGUACAUAGCUUUAAUUCCCGAAUACAUACAAUGUACGUCCACUUUUACAGUUUACUGAUGUGAAAUCUCAGUAACUUGCCUUUUUUAUUAAACCCAUAAAUAUUAAUAUCAUAUUCAAGCUUGUUAUGGUUAUGGCAGCUACACGUUUAAGCUUUGUCUUGUGAGCCAUGCAAAAAGCCUUCAAUCCACCAUCCUUUACAGACAUUCUAUGAUUGCUUGUGCAGCCUUUAGGACUCUGUUCUCUAAAGGCAGCCUUCUUGACAAUAUUUUGCGUAUAACUGUCUCAUGAAUAUAAGCUGUGAGUCACUUUCCAGACCACUUCAGCCUUUAAUAAACUGCAACAUUCUACAUUCUACCAAUCUGUAUGACUGCUUUUAUGUACCAUGUAAUUGUUCUACAGAAUCAUGCAUACACAUUAGAUUUAGAAGUGACUGAAAUUUACAUGUAUUUACCCGACAAUAUGCUUAUUAGAAUUUGAUUCUCCAGAUUAUUCCUCCAGUGUCUCCACGUCUUGCUUCAGUUUCGCUCUUUUAUUAUUGGCUGGUUUGCAGUAACAAAUGUAGUCUUUAGUGUAAGCAAUUGUGACUUGAUGAAACAACCUUAAUUCAAUUUGGAAUUUAACACAGUAAAUACAACUGAAGAAAUUCUGCCUUUCUGUUGAAAGAUAAUGUAAGCAAGAUGAAAACAUCUUUGCCAAAUACUGAGCAUCAGUGUGAUUUCAAUGCAAAAUACAUGUAGCUAUAUAAACAUGAAUGAUUCAAACUUGUCAAUUUGCCCUUGUAAUUAGAAACCAGUGUUUUAUUAAAUAUAAUACCGGAUUUUGGUGAUACUUGCA